AUGAGUUGCCUCCGCGCUUGCUUCAGAGACAGAGGUCCUCGUGCAGAGACAGAAGCUAUGAAAAGGCAAAGCUCUGGUCAGGAGCAUGAGAUUAUUGAAUUACAAGAAGAUAAUGUGGAGAAAAGUGAGACUGAUCGUGCCAAGCCUCUAAAUACUCAAACAAGAAAGGAGAGAGAUCACUGGAAAUCAUGUGGGAAUGUAGUUUUCUGGAAGUGUAAACUAUGGAUGGUUAUAACUACAAUUUUUCUAGUAUUCUUCCUGGUUAUUCUCAUCAGCCUAAUUCUUUAUUCUAAUGUUUACACAGAUGAGGAUGACUAUUGGGAUCCUGAUGCACUACUAAAUUGUCGCAAUUUUUCGGGAACGUUGAAGUUAAUGUGUGGUCUCCCACACCUUUUCUCUGAAAACAUUACUGAGAAGUUAACAGAUGUCUACAGUUCAUCUCCAGCUCUAGGACGCUACUUUAGGUCAGCUCAGGUGGUUUCUUUCAGUAAUGAAAGCUCCACUGUAUUUUAUCAGCUAGAGUUUUCUGUACCACCAUCAACAGAGGGGUUUAUGGAAAACACAAUGAACCCAGAUUUUAUAAGGAGCGUUUUACUUCAGAAUAUUUAUGAUGAAGAUGAUACUUUUAAUCCUGCGACGUCCGAGUGUAACAGGUUAAAGCUUGACCCAAGUUCUCUCACGUUAACAUGGAAAUGAUGGAAAGACUCCUCAUCUUCCUUACCGCCUAGAAGACAUGGGCUUCUCCUGUCUAUUAGUAAUGCCAGGGUAGGGAGCUAUUCAUUAGGUAGAAACAC